AUGCGAGUUCCGGAGCUGCCAGGUUUUCCCAUGUUUGACGCAAGCACUGUGGAGAACUGUGACCCUGAUGCGGCAUAUGCUGAGCAUUCAAAUGGAAAGUGCAAGUGUCGAGAUGGGUUCAUGAAACAAAACGGAACUUGCGUUCCAACUGAGUACCAUUGCCCCUAUGGCAAAGCAUUACGCAGAGAUGGCCAACGCGUUCUUUGUGACAUUACCAUACCGCAGUGGCCAAAUAUCGCGUCACAGGAUAGCUGCCCUCCGAAAUACCAGUGCUUCCUUCACAUUCAGACAAACAGUGCUUCCGGAAAUCCAGCCGGUCAUUGCUGUCCAAUUUCGAACGGAAUGCUUUGGGAAAUCAGCAUAUGUCCCGUUGGGAAUAUUCUCGCCGGAGCCACUUGUACAGAUUUGUUCUACAUGCCGAUGGACAAGAUAUCACAAGACAAUCGGCGCACCUGCCCUCACAGUACACACGAAUGUGUCGGUUCUGCGUGCUGCCCGUCACCUUGUCCAGCUUCAAAUAUGCACUUUAGCUUCGAAGGAAGAUGCAGCACAACAGUUAGCUUGGAAGAAGAAUGCCAGAUAGACGCCAUGUGCUUCGCGAACGCGAAGUGUUUGUCAAACGGAAGAGGUCAACGAACCUGUCAAUGCCCCAAUGGAUUUCUGAAAGAUACAUCAAUGGGUUAUCCAAUCUGCAAGAAAGACGUUAUGGCCAUGCCGCCUAAAUGA